AUGUCCAGUACAUUUGUAUCUCGCAUACGUGUUUCUCACCCCAACUCUACCUACUCGGCCGAGGAUGACGCGACAACUGUUGCCGAGCUCAACAAGAACUUCAGUAAGUGGUCGCUAAAGACUAACCGCACUGAGCCCGACGCAGCGCUUCGCUAUAUGCAACACCUAAUAGCCACCAAGCAGUCGUUUGACAUGAAAAUCGAAACUCUGCUGCCGUCGGCGUACCGUGAGAUACUGUCUCUCAACCUGAAAGGAAAGCGCAAGAGGGGUUUCACUACAAAUAACAUCAUGGUAGCCGGUGCCAACAUCGAGCUGCAGAACCAGGCGUUUGUACGUCUGACACGGCAUCUGAAAGAAGCGAACGAUGGGUUGCAAACUGCCAUGAUUGACUAUCUCGAGAUGCUCCCAGACAGCGACAAAAAAGUGGCUAUGACCCAGAAAUGUCUGUCCAUCAUCGACAUGGAGCGAUGGGGCGCGUUCGACUCGCUCGAGUUUGCCACUGACGUCCCUGGCUACCUCGACGAGUUUGUCCCGCGGAGCGUGGCCGCAAGCAAUGAGUGGAAGGCGUUCAUGAUUGACACUGCUUCACCAUUGGUGUCGUAUUUUGUCAAAGUUGAGCUUGGGCAGGUCACGGGAUGGGCUGAGGCCAAAGAGAAGCUGCUCACUGCAUUCUGCACCCCGCGCGAGCGCAGCGUCCUGCUUGAGCAGCGCAACGCCACGGUUGCAAUUGGCACUUGCAUUGGGGUCCUAGACUACCGCAAGGGUAUCGAGCCCAAGACCCGUAUCUCGCUGCGGGUCCUCGCCGCCACCUGCACCGACAGGCAGCAGCAGGUGUUUGCUGACGUUCUCUACAAGCUCAGGAUUACCAACCCAUCAACAUACAGCUUCAAGAACCUCCGUCCGUAUCUCCCCGCUGUUUCCGUUAACGAGCGCCUUUAA